AGGCGCAGCCGGCGAGCCGCGCUCAUUCCUUAGACGGGAACGGGACACGAGCGUGAUACGUUGCGAGUUUGAGAGUCUGCGGAGUACAGCCGGUAACCAAUUUUCGCGAGAUCGAAUCGUGUUCGACGGACGUGAGUCCUCCGUCAAGUGAUUUAGUGACAAAGAGACACGAGAGUGCUGCCUGGGUGGAAACAUGGCCGACAGUGGUAUCAAGCGCAACAUUCCCAUCAAACUCGGUGACUUCAGCGUGAUCGACACCGAGUUCUCCAACAUACGCGAGCGCUUCGACGCCGAGAUGAGGAAGAUGGAGGAUGAGAUGUCGCGAUUCCGUAGCGAGCUGAUGAACCGCGAGAGCAACAACUUCUUCAAGAGCACCACCAGUCGGCAUCACACGAGCACCAGCGAGCACCGCACGUCGACGACCUCGAAGACCGAAGGUUGGGACAAGAUCGACCCCGCAGCACCGUCAAAGCGGUCCGCGUUCGACAGCUUCAAAAGCACCACCACGCAACAGUCUACUCAGAACAGCAGUUCUUUGAGUCCUCAACACGAUCAUGCCUGGUUGGACGGCCUCAACAGUCCCCUCAUCCAGGACGAGGGUGACAGCAAGAUGCUGAAGCUGCGCUUCGACGUUUCGCAAUACACGCCUGAGGAAAUCGUCGUCAAGACUGUAGACAACAAGCUAUUGGUUCACGCUAAGCACGAGGAGAAGACGGAGAGCAAAUCGGUGUACAGAGAGUACAAUCGGGAAUUCCUGUUGCCGAAAGGAACUAAUCCUGAGAGCAUCAAGUCUUCCCUGAGCAAGGACGGUGUCCUUACCGUGGAGGCGCCCUUACCAGCGAUUGGUUCGGGCGAGAAAUUAAUCCCGAUUGCGCAUCAGUAAACACGUGACGAAUUGCGGAAAGUCGAUUUCUAAUUUUCUGCCUCGAAUUCUGCCCGUUCCAACUAUCCAACCAAACUUCCGACUUAUCCAAAUUGGACCUUUCCUUCGUAAGUCCUUGUAUUAUCCUACUUUUGUUAUUACCUUAUUGCCUUAGUAACCUGGAGGAGUUCGAUUCAUUCGUGCGAAAAAGUUUGACCAAUUUUAAUUAAAUAGCAGAAAAACGACCACGCCAAGUGCCUGGUAUCGACUUUCAUUAAGAAAAUAAAUCAAAUAUAGAACAACAUUGAAGUGCUAUCAAUGUCAGCUAAAAAAGUCAGCUAAAAUGUUUGAUAAAAUACUUUUUUCCUUUUUCAUA